AUGGUUGCAAAGAGAAAAGCUCAAGCUACUCCAUUAUAUACUGAAAAUGACAUAGAAAUUUGUUUAAAAGCUUAUAAUGAAGAUCCUUCACUCACGAUAAAAUCGGCUGCAAAACUUAAAUCAAUUCCGUACAACGCCUUCAGAGAUCGAGUUAAUGGUAAAAAAUCUCGUGUAAAAAGCCACCAGCACUUACAAUUGUUUACAGCAAAACAAGAGAAUGAAAUUAGUGCCUAUUUGAGAGCUUCAAAUGAUAAACAUGAAGGAUUAUCAUCUGCUGAAGUAAUUAAGUAUGCCCAAAACAUUUUGAAACAAAUAGGUAAGGAUGAAAAAAUUGGUAAAAAUUGGUUCAAUAGGUUUUUGAAACGUCAAAAGUUCUUGAGUUCAAUAAGGGCUUCAACAUUUGAGGACUCUAGAUCAUUAAGCUGUGGUAGAGAUAAACUAAAAAAAUCUACUACGAAUCAAUUUACCAAAAAAAAAACUCACAGUUUAAAUUUCAAAUAA